AUUUUGACUGAUUUAUGUAUCUGAGCCCUGAGGGUUGCUUGUUUACAGAUAUUCGGGUUUCGACUUUCGGCUUUGUUUAAAUUGAAUAGAAGAAAUGCUUUCGUUUUUAAAAUUUUAUCUCAAUUAAUAUUUUUUAAAUAUAAGUUAACGAAUUUAAGAAUGAUUGGCAAUAUAAAUAAGAGUAUGUUACUACGGCGACGCUUUUGCAAACGUCUGUUUCUUAUAAUUUUUGUGUUUACAAUAUCGUUUUAUAGCAGCGUGCUAUUAUUUGGGAAUUUAAAAGGACCUCGUAUAAUGCAAUUAACCAAUUUAGAGCGAUGUCCCGCUUGCUAUGGUGUUACAGUUUGUGCUGAAUUAUAUUCUAAUCAAAUAAUCUUAGAAAAUCAUUGGUCUACUAUGUUUAAUGCAAAAAAUAUUUUUUAUGGUUACACAAAAUCCCAACGUCGAGUCUUACUUAAGAAGCUUGCCCAUGACUGGGAGUUUAAAGAACUUGAUGACAAAUUGUGUAAAGUUUGGAACCUGAGCAGUAACUGCAACCCGAAAGAACUGUUAAAUGCCACUGAAGUUGAUCAAAAAAUUAUUAAUUUAGUGCAAUUUAAUCUUUCUUGGCCUGAUACUGAACAAAGAAAAGGCUUGGUUCUGUGUCCAUAUGCAUAUAGUGUGUAUGAUUUGCUUCAUCCUGUCUUAAAUAAUGCAAAUGGGAACUAUAGAGUAGAAAUGAUUAAUGUUUGGACAAUGCUAAGUUUAAAUCCUGAACCGCUUAUGCUACAGAUAAUUCCAAAAACAAAAGGUUGGCCUGUUCCAGCUUAUGGUGGCGUAUGUGGAAGGUUAGAAGUAGUUGCAGACGAGGGAGAAAUUAUUUCAUCACUUACUCAUAUACCUUGGUUAAGAAAGCUUAAAUUUGCUCAAAAAAUAAUCAAUGCUGCGAUGGAUUUUACAUUUAAACAUGACAGAUUUCGUUUCUACCUAAUGGAUUGGUCAAUAGAUAACAUAGUUGCCAAUGAUAAAGAUGAAAUCACAUUUAUAGACCUGGAGGAUGUUGUUGUUUUAGAUAAGAAUAUUUCCCCAAAGAAGGACCUUCCACACUGGUAUCAACGUUAUAGUAGGGAAUUCUUAGGAACUGGAUUUACAUUUUCAAUAGAAAAUAUGUGCCAACAUCAUUUAAGUGAUCAUAAUAUAUGGGCAGCAUGUUAUGUCCUAGCAGGGGAUGAAUACCCUUUCUUAUACCCUAUACCUAAGCAAAUCAACAGUACCAGGCCACAUUUAGAUAGGUUGUUACAUAAUUGUUUGAAUGGUGAUGACAGGUUCCAUACCAUUGGCAAAUUACAGCAUGUUAUUGCAGAUAUGCUGCUUGAUCCGAAAAUUGUGUCAUUGCAAUGAUCUAUAAGAUAAAUCAAUUUAUACAAAAAUUGAACUGUGAUAUAAGCUUAAAACUUUUUUAUUUAAUUGGUUGUGUUAUUUAUUUUUGAAGUUUUAUGCUUACUGUUUUUAUGUUUGCUUUAAAUAAAUAUAAUAUACUUAUCAAAUGUGUCAAGUUUUUAAGCAUUAGUGUCAACGACAACAAAUAUUUACUGUAAAGCUGAUAUCUAAUAUUAAUUUAACUAGUAUAUGCCAUGGGUCUAUGUUUUGGGAGUAGAAAGUAAAAAGGUUUUUUGUUCAACAAUCCAAUCCUUGAAUUUGUUAUACUUUUACUAAUGUAAUUGUGCCAUAACAUGUUAUUAAAAAUAUUGACUUUUAAACAAGAUGUUUUCGUGGACACUAUU